AUGGCAUCGUCAGAGCAAGCGCGAGCCAGCCUACCAAAGUUCAGAUUAGCACAUGAGAGAGAACUAUACAAAUACCUUAAACUCGACCUCGAAGGGUUGCGGCCGGGCCCAGGUGCCUCCGCAUCCCCUGAGAGUUCUACAGAUCAACAUGCUGCCUACGUCCCCCGAUCGUCGCCCGAUACCGCAUUGACGGCCUUCGCCCAGUUGGGAGUUUUGAAGUUAAAGGCACAACGGGCCUUCAUUACGCUCUUCGGUCGAGAUCAGCAUUACGUCCUCGCAGAGGCCACCCAAAGCCUCAGUAUUUAUGACAAUACAAUAGAGGAUGAUCGAGACGCCUUGUGGUUGGGUUGCUGCGUUGUCCCCAAGGAGGAGGGGAUAUGUCGACACGUCGCUUUAUUACCCCAAAUGACACCAGCGGAAGACAUCUACAUUGUGGAUGGGUCUGCGUACGUGGUACCUGACCUGCGCGAGGAUAGUCGGUUUCAGGAGUUGAACAUGGUCACCAACGCUCCCAAAGCGAGAUUCUAUGCAGGCGCCCCCAUCAUCAGCCCCAAGGGCAUAACGAUUGGAUCCUACUGCAUUAUCGAUGACGAGCCACGGCCAGGAUUGGACGCCCCGUCAUUAAAAUUCCUGCAACAUAUGGCAUCUACCGUCAUGGCUCACUUGGACAUGGCCCGAUGCAAAGCGGAUCAGCAUCGCGCAGAUAGGAUGAUUGUGGGUCUCGGAAGUUUUUUAGAAGGCAAGGCGACGCUCCGCAAUGAGUGGGUACAGGACACCGAACUACACCUGAAUGAACAUCAACCCGACGAAGGACGCGUGAAUAUACUGCAGCAAGAUGCACAAAGAAAAUCCGGUCUGCUUAAAACCGUUCAUACCCGCAGGUCACCGGAGCCGCUGCAAUCACAAGCAAUCGCACAAAAUGGAUCUGAGCAAUCCAUAUCAUCCACUUUUCUCAGUGUACCAUCGCCGACCCUCUCCCCAAGCCCAUCCGCCUCCCGGUCGACGACCAAGUCCGGCCAGAGUUCCGACGCCAGUGUCGGUCAGAUUUCCAGCCUUAACAACAAGGCCGACACGCAAACCUCCAUAUCCGUUCGAAGCACGGCAUCGACCGAAAAUCUACAGGAAGACAUGCUGUCUAUCGGAGUUCGACAAGUCUUCUCGCGAGCGGCUAAUAUCAUCCGGGAGUCGAUAGAAGUCCAAGGCGUGGCGUUCUUUGAUGCGAGCAUUGGGUCUUAUGGUGGUCUCGUUAGCGACACGAAACGAGGGGGUUUAGGAACAGAUAGCGGCAGUUUCGAAAGCUCCGUGGGCGGCAGUGACGACAGCACCGCAUCUGACUCCCAGGGAAGCUUUACCGCAUCAGCUGGAAAGGAUGCCACCCCAGAGAAUACGACCGUGUGUGGAAUCCUAGGGUUCUCGACUUCGGCUACAUCCAGUAUCAACGACGAAUCAAGAGGAGGACUUGCCGUCCGGGAAGUAUUGUUGAAGACGCUUCUGCGAGGUUACCCGCGCGGCAAGAUUUUUAAUUUCAGCGAAGAGGGGGCAAUCUCCUCGGAUGAAAGCAGUGAUGGACCCCACAAGCCCUCGUUGGAAAAUAAGGGCUCAGACCCGAUCACCAUAGACGGUGGAAAAGAAAGAAAGACCCAGAAAAAGACGCGCGCUUCCAUGCUUAAAGAGGAUGCAGGCGCCCUGAUUCGACUCUUCCCCGGCGCUCGCAGCAUCGCUCUCUUGCCAAUGUGGGAUUCACACCGAGCUCGAUGGUUCUCGGGCGCUCUGGUAUGGACGAACACGCCGCAGCGCGUCUUCACGUCCGAAACCGAGCUUACGUAUCUGUCUGCCUUUGGGAAUAGCAUCAUGGCGGAGGUACAUCGUCUGGAUAUCGAAAUGUCGGAGAAAGCGAAAACAAACCUGGUCAGCAGCAUUUCGCACGAGUUACGAAGCCCUCUCCAUGGCAUUCUUGGCACGUCAGAAAUACUUCGAGACACGGCGAUGAACGCACUUCAGCACGGACUAGUGCACACUAUCGAAUCAUGUGGGCGCACAUUGUUAGAUACCAUCAACCACUUGCUGGAUUUCUCGAAAAUUAACAAUUUUCGGAAAGGAGGAGGCAACCAAGCUACCCACAGACGCAAACGCCCACUAAGACGACACAACAACACCGACCCAUCACCUAAUAGUAUGAAGCCUUCACAACGGUCACGGCAUGGCGGGAUGAUUAGUCUGAAGUCUAAUAUCCAGCUAGAUGCUGUUCUGGAAGAGGUAAUGGAAAGUGUUUUUGCGGGCUACAGUUUUUACCACACUUCACAAACAUCCCGUGAGAGAGACCGUCCGAACCCAAUAGCUCUCGACGUCUUGGGAGCCUUCCAGCAAGGGGGUCCGAUCAGUGUCAUCCUGGAAAUCGACAAAGCCGCCGAAUGGCAAUUCUUCACCCAGAUAGGCGCCUGGCGCCGCAUCAUGAUGAAUAUUUUCGGCAACGCCCUGAAAUACACCCAGACCGGCUUUGUCUUGGUGAAACUAACGGCAUCGCCUAUCGCUCCCGCGGAAGAUUCCGUUCCAGGAGGUCCUACUGAAUUUCAGGUGACUAUGGCGGUCAAGGACACAGGUCAGGGGAUUAGCAUGGAGUAUCUGCAGAACGGUUUAUUCACUCCGUUCACACAAGAAGACCCACUGGCCCCCGGAAACGGACUCGGGCUAAGUAUUGUUCACCAGGCAGUUCUUUCCAUGGGUGGCUAUAUUGAAGUCAGCUCGCUCCGGGGUCGUGGUACUGAAGUAACGAUCGGAGUCACGUUAACUCACGUGCCCGCUCCAAACGCCAAAUUUAAUCCCUCCGAACCUGAGCCCAUUGUGAAUGUGAAACAUAUCACAAAUGGAGCCACCGUGGGCCUCCUGGAGCUGGGAUCACCUGACAUCUCCGAGCGCGAUACAAUUCUCCGCAUUGCUCUGGAGAAUCUAUGCAAGAACUGGUUCGAGAUGAAUGUCCAUAUCGUGUCUCUAUCGCAAGAUUCACAGCCUUCGUGCGAUUUUUACGUUGCAGUACAGACCGAUACCGAUUCAGUGAACACAUGGGAAUCGUGGUUUUCAAAAACACAGAAUUACCAUACCGAUGACCAGAAACACAAAAUUCCGAUUGUGGUCAUAUGCCGAUCGCCGGAAGCAGCACAUCUCAUGUUUGUUGCGGCAAGUCAAUCCAAUCACCAGGCUACUGUCGAGUUUAUUAGCCAGCCAUGUGGCCCGCGCAAGUUGGCCAAGGCAUUCAGCAAGUGCAUCAAGCAACAACAAUCUCGGGGAUCUUUGACUGGAACUAGUUCUAACGUGGAAGAAUUCCAGGGGAAGAAAGCAUUGCACUUAACGGAGAUACCUUCAGCUUCCCGAGAAGGCACUGAAGCACAACGUGGAGAGAGUCAGAUGAAACUUAAUAUGGCGAUAGAUGAUGAAAAUUCUGAGUUGGACAGAGCCGAAGUCUCACGGCAAACCGAAGACACUGGUCUUUUCCAAAGCGAGAGUAACCUAACAACUUUGCCAAUCCGAGAAGAGGGUCUGGCCAAGAUAGAGGAGGAGUCGACCACAUUGGCAGUGCUGCUGGUUGAAGACAAUGAUAUCAACUUGCAAAUAUUGAUUGCGUAUAUGAAAAAAGAAGGAUACCAAUAUUCGACUGCCUGCAAUGGGUUGGAAGCGUUGAACAUUUUCAAAGCCCAACCUGGAAAAUACGGAGUGGUAUUGACGGAUAUCUCGAUGCCCGUAAUGAAUGGAUUCGAAUGUGCUCGGCAUAUUCGCAAUUUCGAGCGGGAAUAUCAAAAGAUGCUCGAUGCUCCCGCAAAAAAAUUAUUCAAACCUGCGACAAUUGUAGCUUUGACAGGCAUUGCAAGUGCCAGUGCUCAACACGAAGCUUAUGGAUCAGGGAUGGACCUCUUUUUGGCGAAACCCAUCCGACGACAAGAGUUACUUACCGUUUUAAAAGAGAGAAGUGCAGACGAGACUAACGAAGCCUCGCACUGA